AGCAAUCCGAGAUGGCGGCUACUUCAUUCUGGGGUGUUCUGCGGUGUUGGAGAACCGGCAUCCAUUCGGGCUGCGGGUUACGGCUGCUGAGCCAGACACAGGGGCCUCUGGAUUACCCUACCUUUGUGGAGUCUGUGAAUGAAUACCAGUUUGUAGAGCGCCUGUUACCCCCUACCAGCAUCCCAAAACCCCCAAAGCAUGAACAUUAUCCCACCCCCAGUGGCUGGCAGCCUCCCAGAGACCCACCACCUGACCUGCCUUACUUUGUUCGGCGUUCUCGGAUGCACAACAUCCCUGUCUACAAGGACAUAACACAUGGCAACCGCCAGAUGACUGUGAUCCGGAAAGUAGAGGGAGACAUUUGGGCUCUAAAGAAAGAUGUGGAAGAUUUUCUGAGCCCAUUGCUGGGGAAGACACCCAUCACCCAGGUCAAUGAGGUGACAGGUACCCUGCGGAUUAAGGGCUACUUUGAUGAGCAGCUCAAAGUCUGGCUCCUGGAGAAGGGCUUUUGAGACCAGCAGACAGCCUAUGUGACAGCAUCCCAAGAGAUUGGUGUUCAGUGGACCUCAAGAGGAGGGAGAUGGGUGUUGGAGCCCCUGGGACAGGAAUACAGAGGACAGGGCUAAGGGCCUGUGCAGGGCAGAGUGUGAAGGCUGAAGGGCUUUAGGGUCAGGCUUUGCUUGUGUAAAAGGAUAAAUGGGACCCUAUACACAGGGUGAGCGCUGAGAGAGAGCCACCUAACCAACCAGGAACUAGUGACAGGGAGUGUUAGCUGCUGUUUUCCCCCACACUUUGGCUUGUUCUUGCAUUGGGGUUCCUUGGGCUCAGCUGUUCAGAUUCUAGGGGUUGUCCUUGUAUGGAAGUAGUAGCCCAACAAAAUUUAGGAGAUGGUAGUCCAGGGCUGACCUACUUGAUGCAUUCCUUCCUUGGCCCUCUAAGGCUCACUGUUGCAAACAUUACUGAGCCCUUGCUCUCUAGGCCACACCCAGCUUAGAGAACACAGAUUUCUCAGGCCUGGGUCCUGGGGGGUCUCAGGUUCUAAAUGCACUGCUAAACAUGGAGCCAGAGUGCCAACCUCAGCCCCCUGGGAUCUUUCUGAGAUAGGAGGCCCAUUCUAGGUCCCUAUUUCAUUCCAGAGCAGACUUGGGCCUUAGAGUUUCAAGCUCCCAGAUGUUAAGGGAUUAGCUCUGGCUGGCCUGAUCACCAGGGAGUGCCUGGGAGCUCCUCAAAGCCCAGCGUAAGGCCAUCCUCCCCAGCCUACUGACCUAGAAUCAAGGUGGCCUUUUGUCCCUGCCAUCCUAUCCCACCCAACUAGCCUUGACACUUGCCUUGUCCUUGGGGUUACAGGUAAAAGGCCUGAGUGCCCACCCCACUGCAGCAUCAAACCGGCUAAGACAGCUUUCAGAUCCUGGCUCUCCUGUUUGAUCUCUGACCUAAGGCACUGUAUUAAGCUUCUCUGGGGGCUGUUUUUCCAUCUGUAAAAUGGGUACAUCUUCCUAAUCAGUUCAUGAUAAACAUUCUCCCCAAAGAUAGUGCUGGGUUACAUGAAACCCUCACUCUAGGAGAUUCCAGGGUAUUAAGUCUACAGCCUCAGCAAGGAAAUGGAGCCUGACACACUGAUGCUAUGACACAAGCCUCACCAAUGUUAAUGCAAGUUUUUAUUUGGCCGUAUAUACAAUUUAUUUAAGCUAUUAAAAUUUGUACAAUAUUUACAAAUUAAAUAAUCAUCUGAAACUGUCUCCAGCAACUCUUGUAACA